AUGGCUGAUCUUAUAGCCAAGAAGUCAUUUCUAAUCCUUAUAUUUCUUAGCCUCAUCUUUACACAGCAAGCGACCGCAGGCAGUGUUGUCUCUCCACAAAAAGAGAAAGAACCCGUUUGUAUGUGGACGGAUAAACAUAGUGUCUGGAUAAAUGUCGACAUGCCCGACCCCAACAGCGUAAGCUAUCACUGCAAAUCAGCCGAUAACGAUCUCGGCACCCACAUGGGCAAUUGGCACUGGUGGUUUUGCGAACAUGCUAUCAUGAAAACAUUGUUCUGGUGUGAUUUUACAUGGGGAUCGAAGAAACGAUCUUUUGAAGUUUUCAAUAGUAAAACAAGGCUUAAGAUUUGUGGGAAAGACUGCACAUGGUCUGUGAGAACAGAUGGAUUUUAUGUGAAGAAAGGCAAACAGGAUGUGAAGAUGUAUGAUUGGCAAUGA